AUGGGAAACGAUGGAGGCUCCAUCCCUAAACGGCGCGAGCUUGUAAGAGAAGCCGCCCGACUGCCAACCGCCUCCGAAUUGAAAGCCACAGCCUUAGAGUCCUUAACGCAUGCCUGGACGAUGUGCCCCUUAUCCGACGCGCCACUCGAUUUCUCCAACACGGUGUCAGACUGGCGGGGGCGACUCUACAACUACGAAUCUGUGCUACAAUGCUUAAUGCCCUCAUCUUCCGAGACGCCUGUAUCAGAGACUCAAGAGUCUGAGUUUUCUCGCACGGGAAUAAAGAGCUUGAAAGACGUUUUAAAACUCAAGAUUACAACAAAGAAGGAUGAGAAGGGACGUGAGUUCGCAGCCUGCCCCGUCAGCAUGAAGGAGCUAGGUGCCGCCACUAAGAGCGUAUAUAUUGUCCCAUGCGGCCACGUCUUCGCGGAGGUGACCAUGAAAGAGAUAUCCGACACCGAGAAGCAAUGUCCCGAGUGUAGCUCAUCUUUCGAGAAGCGAGACGUCAUACCUAUAUUACCAACGGACGAGGCCGAAGUAGAGAAGCUAGCUAAAAGAGUUGACGAUCUGAGGGUAUUGGGUUUAACGCAUAGCUUAAAGAAAGAUAAGAGUACCGGCAAGAAGAAGCGCAAGGCCGAUGAAACGAAAGAGAAUAAGUCCAGUAACGAACAGAAAGAGAAAGAUCUUUGCAAGACGGAUAAGAGUAAGGAGGAUAAGAAUGGCAUCGCAAGCCGGAUAAAUAAUCCCAUGACUGCGUCUCUCACAGCCAAAGUGCUAGCUGAGCAAGAAGAAAGGGCUAAGCGGAGGAAGAUAGCAGAUGGAUAUAAAAGGAGCGAGGCUGUGAGAUGA